CUUCAGUUCGAUUGUCUGAGUCUCCAAGAAUUUUCCUGGUCCUGUCUCGGUAUUUUCAAAUCAGAACCCAGUAAUGAAUGGGUUUGAGUUGGAUGAUUCAUCUUCCCCUUCAUCUGGCACAAGCUCAAUCAGAGAAUCCACGGAACCGAAUAAAUAUUCCAACCCCUUCCUCAGAUACAUAAGUGACAUCCUCAUGGAUGAGGAAGAUGAUUUGGAGCGCAAACCCUGCAUGUUGCAGGAAUGUUUAAGACUCCAGGCUGCUGAAAAAUCAUUCUAUGAUGCUCUUGGUCAAACCUAUCCUUCAUCACUUCAUGAUGAUAGCGUAAGUAGCACAGACCCAGAUGGAGAUUAUGGUCGCACUGCAAGUUUUGAGAGCAAUGGAAGCUGCACCACUGAUAAUUCAUAUGAUUCUGACAGUGUCAACCUUGUGGGUGAGUUUGACUCUUCUUUCCUUCAACUACAAACCCCUCUAAUUGAUUCCCCUGAAAACACAUAUUAUGUAGCUCCUGAUCCAUUUAGGGAGUCACAAGCUACUGGCCAUUUAGGUUCGGGUUCGGGUUCGGGUUCAGGUUCAGGUUCAGCACCUAGAGAAAAGAGAAUCCAUGAGAUGGAUGAUACUUGUCAUGAACAAGAGAGAAGAGGCAGCAAGGUUUCAGCUGUCUUUUCUGACGAUUCAGAGCCACCAGAGAUAUUGGAUGAGGUACUGCGUUAUCAGAGUGGAAGAAGUCAUCGUGCUGCUACUGAACCAUCACAGAAUGUUGACUCAGGAGGAGGAGGAGGAGGAGGUGCAUCCAAUGGAAAGGCAACACGUUUGCGUUCAAAGAAAGUGUCCAACACCAACAUGGAAGAAACAACCGUAGAUUUAUGGACCCUGCUAACUCAAUGUGCACAGGCUGUGGCAAACUAUGACCAAAGGAAUGCAAAUGACCUACUCAAGCACAUUAGGCAACACUCUUCACCUUUUGGGGACGGACUCCAGCGUUUAGCUCAUUAUUUUGCCAAUGGCCUUGAGACAAGGUUGGCUGCUGGAACACCAUCAUAUAUGCCACUAGAUGUCGCAACUGCUGCAGAUAUGUUGAAAGCUUACAAACUAUUUGUUACUGCGUCUCCUUUGCAAAGGAUGACAAAUUAUUUGACAACCAAUACAAUUAUUAGACUGGUGAAAAAUGAGACCAGUGUUCAUAUUAUUGACUUUGGCAUUUGCUAUGGUUUCCAGUGGCCAUGCCUUAUCAAGAAACUGUCAGAAAGACAUGGUGGUCCUCCAAAGCUUCAUAUAACAGGAAUUGAUCUUCCUCAGCCAGGAUUUAGGCCUGAAGAAAGGGUUGAGGAGACAGGGAAGCGUUUGGGAAACUACUGCAAAAAGUUCAAGGUUCCAUUUGAAUACAAUUGCCUUGCACAGAAAUGGGAAACUAUCAAACUUGAGGAUCUGAAGAUAGACAGGAAUGAGAUAACUGUUGUGGGCUGUUUUUACCGACUGAAGAACCUGCCUGAUGAAACUGUGGCAACAAGCUGUUCAAGAGAUGCUGUGUUGAAGUUGAUCAGGAAGAUAAAUCCAAACAUGUUCAUACAUGGGAUUGUAAAUGGUACUUAUAGUGCACCAUUUUUCCUCACUCGGUUCAGGGAGGCACUUUACCACUUCUCAUCGCUGUUUGAUAUGUUUGAGGCUAAUGUGCCUCGUGAAGAUACGCAAAGGGUGAUGCUUGAGAAAGGCUUGUUUGGAAGGGAUGCCAUCAAUGUCAUAGCGUGUGAAGGGGCAGAGAGGGUUGAAAGGCCAGAGACCUACAAGCAGUGGCAGAUUAGGAACCGGAGAGCUGGGUUCAAGCAACUGCGGUUCGAUCCAGAGUUUGUGAAUGAUAUCAAAUCGGUGGUGAAGAUGGAAUAUCAUAAAGAUUUUAUUGUCGAUGAGGAUGGCAAGUGGGUUUUGCAGGGGUGGAAAGGGCGUAUUCUAAAUGCUUUUUCUGUUUGGGUUCCAGCUUAAGCAACAUCCAAAAGAUAUCUUGUAAUCUAUACUCUUAGGCCAGUUGAAACAAUGUAAUA